UGUCCGAGCGGUGUCCGACCGGUGGCCGGGCGGUGUCCGAGCGGUGUCCGAGCGGUGUCCGACCGGUGUCCGGGUGGUGUCCGAGCGGUGUCCGGGCGGUGUCCGGGCGGUGUCCGAGCGGUGUCCGGGUGGCGUCCGACCGGUGUCCGAGCGGUGUCCGAGCGGUGUCCGGGCGGUGUCCGACCGGUGUCCGAGCGGUGUCCGACCGGUGGCCGGGCAGUGUCCGAGCGGUGUCCGAGCGGUGUCCGACUGUGGUGUCCGACCGGUGUCCGAGCGGUGUCCGACCGGUGUCCGAGCGGUGUCCGGGCGGUGUCCGAGCGGUGUCCGACCGGUGUCCGAGCGGUGUCCGGGCGGUGUCCGAGUGGUGUCCGACCGGUGUCCGAGCGGUGUCCGAGCGGUGUCCGAGCGGUGUCCAAGCGGUGUCCGACCGGUGUCUGAGCGGUGUCCGGACGGUGUCCGAGCGGUGUCCGAGCGGUGUCCGACCGGUGUCCGAGCGCUGUCCGACCGCUGUCCGGGCGGUGUCCGGAGCCGCUCGCUGACCGUGCGUCCCCGCAGCGUGUUCCCGCGGGAGCUGAAGGAGGUGUUCGCCUCGUGGCGGCUGCGCUGCGCCGAGCGCGGGCGCGAGGACAUCGCCGACCGCCUGAUCAGCGCCUCGCUCUUCCUGCGCUUCCUGUGCCCCGCCGUGAUGUCCCCCAGCCUCUUCGGCCUCAUGCAGGAGUACCCCGACGAGCAGACGGCCAGGACCCUCACCCUCAUCGCCAAGGUCAUCCAGAACCUGGCCAACUUCACCAAGUUCGGCAGCAAGGAGGAGUACAUGGCCUUCAUGAACGAGUUCCUGGAGCUGGAGUGGGCCAGCAUGCAGCAGUUCCUCUACGAGAUCUCCAACCUGGACACGCUCACCAACAGCACCAGCUUCGAGGGCUACAUCGACCUGGGCCGCGAGCUCUCCACGCUGCACGCGCUGCUCUGGGAGGUCAUGUCCCAGCUCAGCAAGGAGGCGCUGCUGAAGCUGGGCCCGCUGCCGCGGCUGCUGACGGACAUCAGCGUGGCCCUGCGCAACCCUCACCUGCAGCGCCAGCCCAGCCAGGGCGAGCGGCUGCCCCCCAAGGGGCUGGUCCUGCGCGGGCCCUCGGCCGACCUGCAGCCCUACCUCGUGCGGGACCUCAACAGCUCGGUGGAUCUGCAGUCGUACAUGGUGCGGGGGCUCAACAGCUCCAUGGACGUUCCCCGCCUGCCCUCCCCGCCGCAGGAGAAGGGCCCCCCCGAGGUGCUGGUGCUGAGCCGGCCCCCGCUCGCCCGCUCCUCGCCCGCCUACUGCACCAGCAGCUCCGACCUCACCGAGCCCGAGGGGGGCCGCGGCGGGGGGGCCCUGGGGGUCGGCAAGAGCGUCUCCAUGCUCGACCUGCAGGACGGGCGCGUCGACAGCAUCCCCAGCCUGCCCGCCGAGCUCCUGGCCGGGGGUCCCCCCGCGCCGGGCGGGGCCGGGGGGCCGGGGGGGCUCCGGCCGGGCCGCCUGUCCCAGGGCAGCGCCUCCAGCCUCGCCCCCCCCCGCCUGGGGGUCCCCGAGCCGGGGGGGCCGCAGCUGAGGGUCCCCCUGUCCUUCCAGAACCCGCUCUUCCACUUGGCCGCCGACGGGCCCCUGCGCGGCCCCGAGGCCGUGGUGGGCGGGAUGGGCGUGGGAGGGGGGGGCCUGGGGGGCAUCUCGGCGGACGGCGGGGGGGGGCCCGGGGGGGGCCACCACUACGGGGGGGUGGUGGCGGGGCCGCCGCCCCCUCCCCUGCACGGCUACAGCAAGAGCGAGGAGCUGUCGGCCCCCCCCGCGCCCCCCGCCAAGCACAUCACGCACAGCCACAGCUACAGCGACGAGUUCGGGCGCCCGGGGGGCGACUUCGGGCGGCGGCAGCUCUCGCUGCAGGACACCCUCGCCCCCCCCCAGAUCACCAUCGGGGGACCCCCGCCCCCCACGCCCCGAGGGGGCCGCGCCGGGAAAGGGGGAGGAGGAGGAGGGAGCGGAGGGGGAGGGGGGGGAGGAGGAGGAGGAGGAGGAGGGGGAGGCUCGGGGGGUCCCUCGGCGCUGGGGGUGCCCCCCAAGCCGCGGCCGGCGAGCGGGAACCUGCUGGCGAGCCCCGAGCCCACCUACGGGCCCCCCCGCAGCCGCCAGCCCUCGCUGGCCAAGGAGGCCUCGGUGGCCGGGAUGAAGGCGCCCGUCACCAAGCAGGUGGGGGGAGAGGGGGGACUGGGGGGAUGA